CCGACGGGUUUCAUUCGAUCUUUCACCGACGUGGCUUUGCGAGGCUGCUCUGGUGUAGCUUUUCCGAGCGUUUACUGCCUUUUGUCUUGUUGUGCAGGAUCUUAGCAUACUGAGGCUUUUCCUUGUACGAAAUAUAAAAAAAGCCUUCUGCCUCGUUGCCUUCACUGCCCAGAUGGAGGCAGUGAGUCCAACAUCUGGUUUGCUGUGCGCCAACUGCACUCAUCCAAAUGGCAAAGACAGUCUGAGCCAUCAAGGCAGACUGGAUGGAUUAUUCCGUCUCCUCCCAGUGAAUCAACCAGUGAAUAGGAACAGGCGACAGCAUUGCCAGGAGGGUGUAUAAUUUCCUGUCUGGAUAUUUAUAACCUGCUCCUCCUCCUCCCCCUCACACAACCUGAUACCUCCACCCAUCCAUCACCUCAGUUCUAGAAACCAGACCAAUCCUUCUAGUAUCUCCCAUCUUCAACUCUCCUUUCACCAUGUACCUCAAUCACUUCCACUUCCCCUUCCCCCUCCCCCUCCUCCUUCCCCUCGUCCUCGCCACCGCCAACAACAUCCUCACCACCACCUCUGUCUUCACCACCACCAUCUCCACCCUCCAAGACCUCGACCUAACCUCCUGCUGCCUCAACCACACCAUCCUCAACCUCGAAUACAACCAAACCGCCCUCCCCUCCCCCUCCCCCAACCUCACCCUCCAACACGUCGCCCUCGGCCGAGGCGUCCAGAACUACACCUGCCCUUCCUCCCCCGCCAACGACACCGCCAAACCCACCUCCACCGGCGCCCUAGCCACCCUCUUCGACGCCUCAUGCAUCGUCUCCUCCGACCAGCGCCUCCUUCACCGAAUCCCAGCCUUCUUACAAAACGUCCCUCUCGAAACAUUAGACUUCUUCGCCUCCUUAGCUAGUCUAGCCGGUCCAGACAGUGCCAUUCUCGGCGAGCAUUACUUCUCUGCCUCCGCGAUGCCAUUCUUUGAUCUAAGACUAGGUGGAAAUGAUGAAUGGGCCGCUGCAAAGAAAGUCGCCAGUGUGGUUUCGCCUGUUGCGAGUAUGGAUGUCCCCUGGUUGAAGUUGGUGGCGGUUGAUGGGGUGGGGAUUAAGGAGGUCUAUCGGGUUUACACAGCUGGGGGAAUGAGUCCCGCUACGUGUGAGGGUAUGAAGAGCGAGUUUUCGGUUGAUUAUGCGGCCGAGUAUUGGUUUUAUGGGUGAUUGAUUGGUAUCUUCCCUUUCUCUUCUAUUCUUGAAUGUGGGUGAGGAUGAGGCUGGGCCUUGAAUUAUCGACAUCGACUUGGACUUUGACAGUCUGAGAUUGAGAAUGAGAAUGAGAGAGAGGUGCGAUUCGCGUGUGUUGCGUUCUUCUACUACUCCGUACUUCUCUAUUAAUCUAGAUACUAGAUAUAUAGAUAGAUAAGAGACAUGACAAUUAUCCCCC